AUGCAUUGCCUGUUCAAGCUCAUGGCGCUUGCGCUCGCCGUUCUUCCACUUGUCUCCGCCGAUCUCCAUGCACAAGGAACCCAGCCGCACUGCAGUGUCGCGAACAUUUCUCUUCCAGACGCCUUGACCGGAGACAGCCAUGGGCUGACAAAUUUGACUGCUCUUAUCCCCCCGGCCAAUGUCUCCAUUGUCCAAGUGACGAUUGGGUUCGGCGCUCAGAAUUACACGUGCACUCAGGGCAAGUACGUCAAUGUUGGAGCUGUUGCCCAAGUGUUCGACAUUUCCUGCAUCCAAAACCUGCCGUCCAUUUCUGCUGGUCUCUCCCUUGCCAUCAACGAGCUUGAGAGCGUUGCCGGCGAGGGUCUCCUGAACUUCAUCACGAUGCUGGCGAAGAUGGGUGGCUUCAAGCUCGCAGACCACUACUUCGACACGUCUUCCGGUGCCCUCGCCCCGGUCUUCAAUUUCCAGAUUUCCGGCGGUGGUUUCGCCAUCGGCAAGAAGCUGCAAGACAUUCCCGACCCAGUCAACCCCAUCAAGAAUGUUGACUGGCUCCAGCUCACCGCAGUCCAGGGUGACGCCGCCAAGUUCCUCGUUCGUGAGCAGACCGUGGGUGGUCAACCUCCGGCCAGCUGCGCCGUCGAGAACGAGACCCUCCAGGUCCCGUAUGCGGCGAAAUACUGGUUCUUCGGAUGAUUGGAUGAUCGAGUAGAGAGGCCCAUUUUAGAACGAUCACGAAUUCGAACAUUGUGUAUUUGAUGUAAUACUGUUUAGCAUGAUUCCAUUUUUAAUACCUGUCGUGUUCCAUAUCUUCAUAUUAUACCCG